GUCGUGGUUCGCUGUCGGUAGACGAUCAACUACCCGAUAGGUGCAAGGGCACGUUCAUCCUCUCCGCGCUAAUUUCAUAGGUGUUCGUGUGCUCCAUUCCGCGCGAAUACUCGGCUUCUGACUGGUGCGCGCAGUCGGUUGGUCCGGCCCUAAGCCGUCAACUCCUCGUCCCAUGAACUCUGUACCUCCUCGACCCCGACCCACUCUGCUGUCGGCCGGCCUAUGGUUACCCUCGACCGCACGUCGUGCAGAUCCAAUUUCGACGCCCUCGCUGUCAGGUGGACUCGGGAUUCUAGGUUUAUGCAUAGUGGGUAUGAGGACGUUAGGGCUUUGCUCUGCUGCACGUUCUACACAGUCGCCAGUCAGCACAGCUGCUUCGAUUGUGUGCUGGGCACUGGCCGCUGGGAUUCCACAAUGGCCACGAGGAGGGGGUCCCUGUAAUCUGUAUAAGCACUUCAGACCGCGCCAUUCGACUAGGGCAAAUAACUAUCGCAGAGCCAUGGUCUUUGAGCGUGACCGGCGCAAUGCGCAUCUAGCUCGCAAUUUCUUUUCACUGGUCCCCUCCCGUCCGCCGGCUCAGCCCCAUCUUGUCUUGAUGGAUUACGGAGACCUGGACCACUUCUACCCCUGAUACAGGCACGAACAAUUAUCGGAUCUGCGAACCGGGCAGCUAUUCCACGUAGACGAUCCAUUCUUUGUUCAUCGAUGCUGCUUUUCUCUUCUCUCAGCUUCCUCGCUCUCCCUCUCCCCGUCAUUCUUCCUUCUCAUCACUCCUUCAUCCUCUCGAGUACGGAGUGCUCUUGCGUUCAGCGACUUCGUUAUGAGUUAGACGUUAUCAUGA